AUGAUGAAGGAAGGCACUGCAAACUUCGUUGACAUCUUGCUGGCCAUACUGUUGCCUCCCUUGGGAGUCUUCUUAAAAUAUGGUUGCCAUGUUGAGUUCUGGAUAUGUUUGCUGCUGACAAUAUUGGGCUACUUGCCUGGAGUUAUAUAUGCUAUCUAUGCCAUCACCAAAUGA